AAUUGUGAUUAACAUUAAUUAUUUGAUUAUGAGUACUCAAUCAGAUGUAAUUCUAAAACAGUCCUUAAGAAAAAUCGAGUAUCCAUUAUGUGCCAAAGAAGCCUUGGGGAGAAUAGUGGAACUUAUAUGUGGCCGAAUAACAAGCAUAAAACACAUGGACCUUGCAUUGGAUCUCAUGGCAGAAUUUAUAUUUUAUGAAGUGGAUCGUAGAGGAAACAAACGACCCCAAAUUGUAACUCCCUUACAAGAAUUACAACUUCUAGAGAUAAUGUUUGAAUAUUUUAACAGUAUACCAAAUGAAGCAGCAAGAAAUUCUGUCUUCCUUUCUUUAUUUAGUGGAACUACAGCCAUGAUGCGCUCUGGUAUUUUGAGCAAGUUAAUUUCAAUAGCUGUAGGGGUAUCUUCACCAGUAAUUUUAUUGUCAGCUAGUACAUGGAUGCAACAGUUGGGUUGUUUAUCAGCUAAUAGCUGUAAACUGGCUGAAGCUUUGGUUCAUGAUUAUUUUUAUUUAAUACCAAAUGCAAAAGAUCGUUUAAAAACUUUACCUGAUAUUUGUCCUCAGUUUACAGCUAAUUUUUUAACAGCUGUAGCUGAAAAUUAUUACUUAAACUCUAGGAAAGACAAAAUGUUUCCUCCUAAGAUACUUCUAGAGGUUAUUACUAUGUGGAUAUCAGAAAACAGUUCAUUGUGUAUAUCAGCUCAGCAAAAGCAAGCUGCACUGCCGCCAGGUGCCAUAGCUAUGGAGGUGACUACCCCAAUUGCAGGGUUAUUGAGGUGGUGUAUAUUGGCACCUUUAUACAACCAAGAAUCAGAAUUGUACUGCCAUCUACAUUUGGCACUUUUAAACAGUAUUCUGGAAAUCCCCCAAACUGUUCCUGCCAAAGCAAUAUAUGCCCAACACACCAUAGUACCCAUAAGUUAUGUAAUGUAUUAUGUCAAUGAUUUAAAAAAUCAAGGAUUAAACAGUGAACAAGUUUUGAAUGAUGAAAAAUUGCAAUUAGCUUUGGAUAGAUAUGCACAGGCAAUACAAGUUGCCUUGUCCAUGAAAGCUGUGUAUGGCCAUGUUGAUGACUUAUUGAAUCAGCUUCAACAUUUACCUUAUAACAAGCUGCUUAAUAUUGUUGUAAAUACACACAAAAGAAUCAAAUAAAUUUUAUUUUUUACACUCUUUAUAUUAGCUUUGCUUGUAAGUUACAAGUUGUAACAAA